AUGAAGCUAUCUGGCUUCUGGAUGAGGCACGUGGCCCUCGGGCUGGUCUGCCUCUUGCUCCUGUCUGCAUUCCAAACAGCCUCUGCUCUGCCGGCCAAGGGCAAAGGGGUUGGCAGUCAUCGCUCUGGCAGCGGUAAAGGGAGUCAUGGAUUAGGAGGUCUCCUUUCUGGUCAUGACAGCAAGAAGACCAAUGGCAAAGGCAAAACCGACGACAAGAAGGGCGGACUCGGUGGACUCUUUGGCCACGAUGACAAGAAGGGUGGCAAGGGCAAGACCGAUGACAAGAAGGGCGGACUCGGUGGACUCUUUGGCCACGAUGACAAGAAAGAUGGCAAGGGCAAGACCGACGACAAGAAGGGCGGACUCGGCGGACUCUUUGGCCACGACGACAAGAAGGAUGGCAAGGGCAAGACCGACGACAAGAAGGGCGGACUCGGCGGACUCUUUGGCCACGACGACAAGAAGGAUGGCAAGGGCAAGACCGACGACAAGAAGGGCGGACUCGGCGGGCUCUUUGGCCACGAUGACAAGAAAGAUGGCAAGGGCAAAGGUGGCACCCAGAACCCUGGCAAGGGCAAGCCCAAGCCCGGCAAAGACCCGAAGAACGGCAAGGAUAAAUGCAAGACCACCAAGGGUGGAUCCCGUGGCAGCAAGCCUUCUCCUCGCGAUCUCGCAGCCCGAGAUCUUGCUAUCCGCGCCGGAACUCUCUCGGUUGCCCAGGAUGACAUGAAGAAUACCCAAGCGAAGGACAAGACGCUUCAGACCGACAAACUCCGCACCUGCAUCGGCGUUGCCAUCACCGGAGGUGGUGGCAUUUUCGAUCACUGGCUGCUGCACGUAUCUGCCACGAAGGGUCAGGCCGAUAGUGCGAUCUCGAAGGUGGAUAAGGAUUGGAGCCUCAUGGGUCCUAAGAAGGACGUGGAAAUCUACAUCAGCUCCCCGGAUCCUGAUCCCUGCAAGUCGGACGCCGCCGCCAGAGAUCUGAUCGAGCAGAGUCAGACAAUCGCGAAGCAUAUUGAGACUGAGCUGAAAAAGAUCACCGGUGGCGGCGCUAAGGUGUUCCAUCGUCCUGCCCGCGACAAUCCCUCGGGACAUGAAGGAACUAUGGAGGUUGACGGAGAUGGCAAGGUGUAUGUGGAAGGCAAGAAGGUGAAUUGA